AAAUUGAUAAUGAAAUGGAUAUUGGGAGAUCUAUUAUGACAAAUCCACAUAAUGUAAUGUGCUUUCCUUUUGCUGUCAAUAUACAAGAAUCUAUCAACUAUAUAAGUAUAUCAAAUCGUGCUCACAAAGGACGUUUCCAUGAUCCUCCUACUUCUAGUGCUGAACAAGAUUAUCAAGAAUAUUUUAGACAACAUUGUAUACUUCUGACAGAUACACUUAUGGUCCAUGACACACACCUGAUUCCCAUCCUUGACAGUAAGCCAGGCUUUGUUGGAAUAGCAAAAGACUUAUCACUUGACCCUCUCAAUUUGGCCUUUUUUGCUUUAAAAAUUUUUCAAAUUCAACCAACAUGUACUUUUGUCUAUGGAAUUCUUUCUGACUGUCAUCAUAUUAUGAUAUUGAAAGUGGAAAAG